AGUGAGUAGCCUACGUCAGGCUGAGAGGGCGCUUCUUACACGAACAACAACAAAGGCUGAUGAAUUGAUGAAGUUUCAAACUGAAACAGUCCUCCGUAUGGGGGCUCUCUUGUAGAGUUUUCACAGUAUACUGCCUUGGUUUAAUCACAUUAAUGUUACAGUUCCUGUCGAGACGGAAUUGAAUGAUCCGAUCAGGAGCUGCCGAACCCAAAGGUGGAUGGCCUGCAAUCAAAUAGCACAUCAUCCGUGAUAGAAAAAAUGAUUCGAAUUGCGGCAUUAAACGCCGCAUCGACAGCUGCAGAUGAGUCUCAAGACCCCUUGAAAAGUAAAAAAAGUAGAACAAAAGAAGCUCAGGAAGCAGAAGCUUUUGCUUUGUAUCAUAAAGCUUUAGAUCUGCAGAAACAUGACAAGUUUGAGGAGUCUGCCGAGGCGUAUCAUGAGCUGCUUAAAACACCACUCCUCAAAGAGGCCAUGCCCUCAGAGGAUCAGAGCAUGGGUCUCAAGCAUCCCGGACUGAUGUUGAAGUAUUCCACGUUUAAAAACCUGGCUAGUAUGGCUGCUUCACGAGAUGACCUGGAGACAGCGAUGGAGUUUUACUUAGAGGCUGUUAUGUUGGAUUCCACUGAUGUGAACAUGUGGUUCAAAAUUGGACAAGUGGCUGUACGACUACUGCGCAUUCCCCUGGCCCGGCAUGCUUUUGAGGAGGGGUUGCAGUGUAACCCAGACCACUGGCCCUGCCUGGACAAUCUGAUCACUAUUCUCUACACGCUCUGUGACUAUACCUGGUGUUUGUACUUCAUCAGUAAAGCUCUUGAAAAGGAUCAUUGUUACACCAAAGGCCUGGUGCUGAAGGAGAAAAUCUUUGAGGAACAGGCCAGUCUUAAAAGAGAGACAAUGGAGAUGUUCAAGAGAUGUGACAUGUCUGUCCACUAUGUGGAAGUGGAGGAAGAGGAAUGCAAAUCCAUUGUGGAAGAGGCGCUGGAUUUAAGGAAACGUAGACAGGCUCUCUCUUACACGGAACCAACCCCUGAUCUUCUCUUGAUUAAGCCUAUCCGGUGUCUUUCGUGGAAGCAUGUGGGUGAAAGCCUUAUUGCAAUGUAUAGAUAUCAAACUACAUGUGGGGCGCCACGACUCAGUCUUGGACGCAGAAUUGACUUGUCAGUAUACUGCGACCGAAGCUUCCUCCAAAACUUGCCUGAACCCAGCAGUCCGAUCAGCACAGUUCAAGCGACGGUGCUGAGCAGCAGCCCCAGCUCAUCUCUACCGCCGACUGUCCUUCCUGAGACAUCAACGCUCUCACAACCUGCCAUCCAAACCCAAAUUACCAUUGUGGAAAUCCCCACAUCUUCUCCUUCUGUCGUUACAGCUAUGGACAUUUCUCUGACAGACAAGGCAAAGAAAGCACCUAAAAGGAAACGUGCAGUAGAAGAUAACAUUGAGACCGCCAAGAGGCGUUCAGCACGAGUUAGGAACACCAAAUGCAAAAAAGAAGAGAAGGUUGAUUUUCAGGAAUUGCUGUUUAAGUACCUUCCUUCAAGGCUACGGAAGUUUGAUCCUGAUAAUGAAGAUGAAAGUCUGAGUAAUCUUGAGACACAGUGUGAUGGAAAGGAUGACAUGCAGCCUCUACUUGGGAGCUGCGCUGAAGUUGACACAGUUGAUUACAUGGAGUCUGAGCAACAGGAUGUUCAUAACUUCCUUCUUAAAAAUAUGACCAAUGGAGGAAUACUGGACCUGAUGUUGGGCUAUCUGAAAGCAGUGGGUCAGAAGUUCAUGGAGGAGUGGCCUCCAGGUAUGACUGCUGUGGUGCUGGAGGUCUACCAGAGUUGGAGAAAGCACAGCUGUGGUCUUCCUAACCCUUUGUUUCGAGACUGCAGUAACCAGCACAUCCGGGAAAUGUUGGAAAUGAGCUUGGCAUGUAUGGAAUUGCAGCUGGAGCAAUGGUUGCAUAACAAAGGCAAGACUGUGACUCCUAGAAGAAGCACUGGUUCCUGCAAUGACACAGCUGAUAAUGAAUUCCCCGGGCAACAUUUCCAGGCUGAUGUUUUGCUCCUGGCUUUAGGUUCAUCCCAAAAAGAUCUAUUUGAGGACAAGUGGUUAGAUGUAACAGUGCGCGUCUACUGGCUGAAGGCUAGAUACCUUGCGCUUCAUGGAGACAUGGAAUUGGCUCUCGAGAGCUAUGAUGUCUGUACAGGGCUGUUGCAGAGCAAACCCAAGCCCCCUGAAGGGAGAUAUUAUACCAUCAAACUGCCCAAUUUGAGGGUAGAUGCAGCAAUCUCUGUUGAGGAGAUUGAUAAAAGACUGAAGUCUCUCGAGCGCUGUCAGUCAUUGGAGGAAAUCCAGCGUCUCUUUGAGUCUGCAGACUUCGAAUCAGUUGUGCGGUUGUUGCAGCCUACUCUUAAUUACGGCAGCAGGAAUAAACAUUUGGAAUUUGUUAGGUCAGCACCAGAACAUCCUGCUCAGCUUCUGCUGCUGCAGAAUUCAUUGUUGAGGCUGCAAGACUACCAGCAAUGUCUGGAGACAAGUGAGUUGGCUCUGAAUGAAGCUCUGCAGCAGCUCAACUCUUCUACAACCAGCUCUCCACCUGGAAAGGAAGAAUGGGUCAGCGCCAUUACAAAGCUGUUGGAGGGCAUCAAUGUCUGCUUUACCAAAGACUUGGAGCUCCUUAGCAACAUCACCCACUUCUCCAGUAUGGCUCGACUGGCAAACAAUCUUAUUCAGCUGAUCGACCUUAGCAUGACAAUUUCUGAAGACCCCAAAGAGCCUUAUUUCUUUUCUGUGCUGCCGUGGAUUCUUUUAUAUCACAUAAUCAAACAUGAAGAAGCUGCUUUCAGCGCUAUGCUCCAACAACAUAUGUCUGUAGGGGAUGAUGAAGAUGACUCUGAUUCUCCGAUGCUGCCAUCCUCCCUUAUGCUUUUGAACAUCGCACAUGAGUAUCUUGGACGUCGCUCCAUGUGCUGCUGUUCAGAUGGUUCACUACUCAAGUUUUUCGUUCGAGUUUUGGAAAAAGAGUUUUCAACCACUGGCACUGCCAGCAAUAUCUGUCAUCCCUACAAAGAGGAGUUGGAGAUGGCUUUGGAACAGUGCUUUUUCUGUCUAUAUGCCUACCCUAGUAAGAAGAGCAAGGCCCGCUUCCUUGAAGACCACUCCUCUCCACAGGUUGAGUUGCUGUGGAAUGAUGCCCUUUUCAUGUUCCAGUAUUUUAAACCAAAAUCCCUCCCUGAGUUUGACAGCUACAAAACAAGCACCGUAUCUGCAGAUUUAGCUAAUCUGUUGAGAAGGUUUGCAGGAAUUGCCCCCCCAAGUGAAACUCCCACCCUCACUAUGGACGAGGUUGCAGCCUACAUUGAAGGCAUGACAAAAAAGACCCCAAGCCUUCCUGAGGGAAGUCCUCCAGCCCCUCCAAUUAUUAAUGAGGUCUACUACUUGCUGGCUGAUUAUCACUUCAAGAACAAGGAGCAGUCCAAAGCCAUGAAGUUUUACAUGCAUGACAUCUGUGUUUGUCCGAACAGGUUUGAUUCCUGGGCAGGAAUGGCCUUAGCUAGGGCCAGUCGCAUUCAGGAGAAACUCAACUCCAAUGAGCUAAAAAGUGAUGUACCCAUAUGGAAACACUCUCAGGCUGUGCUCAACUGCUUUAAGCGGGCCCUGGAGAUAGAUAGCUCCAACCUGUCGCUCUGGAUUGAGUAUGGAACCAUAUCAUAUGCUUUGCACUCCUUUGCUUCGCGACAGCUAAAGCAGUGGCAUGAUGAGCUUCCACCAGAGGUGGUAAAACAGAUGGAGGAAAGGAGAGAAUCCAUGUUAGAGACUGCAUGUCGGUGUUUCCAGGGAGCAUCCCAGUGUGAGGGGGACAGUGAUGAAGAAGAGUGGCUCAUUCACUAUAUGCUGGGGAAGAUAGCAGAGAAACGCAAACAGACACCCGUGGAAUACCUGCAGCUUUACAAAAAGGCAGCACACUUUCUGCAUGAAGAGGCUGCCAGGUACCCUCGUAAAAUCCAUUAUCACAAUCCACCUGACCUGGCUAUGGAGGCCCUGGAGUUGCACUUCCGUCUCAGCGCCACCAUCCUAAAGCUGCUGCAGGCUAAUGAGCCCAAUCUGGACCAUGAAGUCUUGUUCAGUUUGCUGGUUGAGGCUGCUACAGGGCCCUUUGCCAUAGGGGAAGAGAAGAGUAUGCCCAGCAUACCCAGAUCUAAUGAAAAGGAGAAAUCUACCUCUGUGACAGAUGAAGACCUUAAUAGUUCUUCAGUAGGCAUAGGCAACAUCCUCAGCUCUUCCCUUCUAUCAGUUGCCACUCCAGGUGUGACAUCCCCUCUCUACGUUGCCACGCCAUUUGACCACGAUUACGCCAAACGCAAAACUCUCCGGCGGCAGCAGUGGCAGCAGCAGCGGCAUGAGGAGCAGCAGGCUGAUGCCUCACCAGAGUUUGACCAUGAUUACUGCUUGCCCAGGUCUUCAAUGUGGCUGGCUUCCCUGAAUGAACGCAGUCAGGACAGCGAGGUGGUGAUGCUUUCUGACUCCAACUCCACCCAGGAUGCUUUCACAGAUCCCACCAGCUCACAAGACAGUAGCCACAAACCUGCCUGUGGGAAAGUCAGUUCUUCAUCAUCAGAGAGCACAACACCUGUGAAGGAAGGACAGCCUGCGUCUGAGGACAUAGAGUCACAUGGAGAUCAGACUGUCCCCCGGACAGAGGAAAAUCUGGUUGAGGAAAUUGUGGAAAUGGUGGUGAUGACGCUCCCUGAGGCUUCAACUCCCAAAAUCUCUGCAGGACUCUGCUUUCCUCCUGUGCUUGUACCAGCCACCCCUCCGAAAGCAUCCUCCUCUCAACAGACUGCUUCUCAAACCCCAGCCAGCGAAGGCAAAAAGAAGCCAGAGCCUCCCGCCGAAGUGAUCGAGGUACCCAAGGCCCUGCCUGCAGAACCUGCUGACCAGAGAAAAAUGCUGGUGGAGAUGUGCAUCCGCUCUCUUUUCCUUUGCCUCGGACGUUUCCCUCAACACUACAAGAGCCUCUACCGCCUGGCUUUCUUUUACAGCAACAGCAAAACCCACCAGAACCUACAGUGGGCCCGAGAUGUGUUGCUAGGAAGCAGUGUCCCAUGGCAACAACAGAAGCACAUGCCUGCACAAGGACUCUUCUGUGAAAGAAACAAGACAAACCUGUUUAAUGGCAUCUGGCGUAUUCCAGUAGAUGAGAUUGAUCGCCCAGGAAGUUUUGCAUCUCAUAUGAACCGAUCCAUUGUUCUUUUGCUGGAGGUGCUAUCACAGCUUAAAGAUCACGACACCUUGCUGAAAGUCUCUUUCAUGCUGCAGAGAACCCCUGACCAGGGAAAAAAAUAUUUACGUGAUGUUGAUCGCCAGGUUUUGGCCAAGAGAGCAUUUUUCCUAAAUGUGAAAGUCCUUGAGGAUAAUCUGAACAGUCUCACUGGGGUGCAGCUUCCCAAAGCAGUGACCCCCUCCAUGGGGGAGAUGACCACGACAGCUGCAUCCAACAGGCCAAGUUCAGAGGACAGCAAACAUGGGCUUCCCAAGAAACCAGUGCCCACAGAGGGGACUUGUACCACCGACACAGGACACAAGGAUGGCUCCCAACCACAAAUUCCUCCACUCACACCAUUUGCAGAUAAAGGGGGCAAGGUCGAGAAUCAGCCUGCGAAGGUAGAACCUGCUAGAAGUGAGGGGCACAGAACAGGGCCAGAGGAGCCAAUGGAUUUGGAAUCCAGCCAUUGGAGGAGACCAUCAACAACCACAGAUACUCAAGGCAGGGAAACAGAGACACAGCUCUCCCUGGGGGUAAUAGAGCCACAGCAGAAAGUGACUGACAACAGCCGGACAUCAGAGCUGUCUCUCGAGGAGCUAAGUAUCAGUUCCAGACAGCAGCAACUCCAGUCCUCAGCAGGCAAGGUCACUUUGGCAGCCAGCAGCACUGAUCAAGGUUUACUACGAAGACCCAGCAGAAAAAGGAAACUUUUAGAGGAUGUAGAGUCUGGAAAAACACUAUUGCUUGACGCCUACAGAGUGUGGCAACAAGGCCAGAAAGUUAUGACCUAUGACCUUGGUCGCAUUGAAAAGAUCAUGUCAGAGACAUACAUGCUCAUAAAACAGGUUGAUGAGGAUGUGGCUCUGGACCACGCUGUGAAGUUUUGCCAGAUACAGUUGGCCACUUCUGCCCAACGACAGCCCAUGUGCGACACCCCUACCACACCUAAAUUCACCAAGGAGCACAGAGAGCUCUUCUUCCCCGCCUCCCUGCCAGCGCCGGUUCUACUCAGCCACGCCGCGUGCCAUCCAUUGUCCAACCAAGAGGGCCAAGGCAAAGUGGGGUUUGAGCCCCUGAGCAAGUUACCCAGACCACAAAUGUCAGGCUUCCAUGAUCAGCAACCACAGAGGAGAAUGGCUUGCCACCCAACGGCAGCAGCAGCUUUGGCCUUCAUUCAACACACAGAGGAGCAUGAGGAGCCCACAGAGGGACUCUUGUACAGACAGCAGGAAUCACACCUCUGUCAACAGAUGAAACUGGCCUCUGUGUCCCAAGCACGGGAAGCAGCAGCAGCAGCUGGAUGGUUCCGGGAGGAAACGGCCACAUGUAGCAGCAGCACGCAGCAGUGUCCAGACCAGCAGCACUAUGCCAGCAGUGAUCUGUCAAAUCUUCCAGACUCCAGUCGAAUGCGCUCACGCGUCCCACCUAACAUGCCAAAGCUCUUCAUCCCCUCCACUGUCACCAAGUUCCCCCCAGAAAUCACAGUGACUCCCCCCACGCCCACGCUUCUCUCGCCCAAAGGCAGCAUCUCAGAGGAAACCAAACAAAGGCUCAAGAAUGUCAUCCUGUCGUCGCAGUCCGCCGCCACGGUCAAGAAGGACACCCUGAGCCAGCCCUCGCUGGAGGUGCAGGAGACGUCCAGCCAGGAGUCGUCUCUGGAGAGCGAGUCAGACGAGGAGGACGAUUACAUGGACAUCUGAGCUUCUCAAGGCCUCCUGUAUGGAAAGCCGUUUGAGCAUUGAUCCAAUAGGGCGCCCUCGUGGAACAACUUAAGUGCACUAGUAAAAUGACUGUCUACUUGUUUUUUUUCCCCCACUACUAGUGCCACUUCUGGCCCAUCAGUAAGCAAUUAUACUUCAGUGAACAGCGGCGUGCAAAGUCGAUGGCUGAAUUUAGCUCGGGAUAAACGUCAGUAAAGGCAGUUAAAAUUUCCACGUGUUAAAACUCAAAACGGCAUUGAGUUUUGGCCAUUUGGUCCCGAUUAUUAUUAUUAUUAUUAUUAUUAUACUAUCGAAUAUUCCAUUGAUUAAUUGGAUACGAAAUUAUUUUUGCUUUAAAGUUUAUCGCUAAAUAUUUUUUUGUUUACUGACUUUUCUUGUUUAUUUGGUACUGUUUAAUGAUUAAACAAAACCAAAUGAGCAAUUCUCAAUGUUUGCCCCAACAUCAUUGAAACUGACAUCUUGGGUGCUGAUUCAUGCGAACGGCUACUAGUUUGACUUCUGAGCCCUCUUCAGGUUCAACUACAGCAUUUACAGAUUCUUCAUACUAUGUUCUGAAAAUAAUGAUUAUUUUAUAAUAGAUUUAACUGACUAUUAUUUUUCCACAAAUCCAUUAAGAUUCAGUUCCUGGUUUGGUCCAUAACAUGUCAAAAAACAGGCAAAAAUGUUCAUCUCGCCCCCACCCCAACGUAAAAGCAAAUGUCUUAUAUUGAUUAAACAUAAAAGAUAAUUUGUGUGCUUUCAUGAAGGGCUACAGAAAUCAGACAAUUUUUUUCUGUUGAGAGGCUGAAAUCAGAGGAUUCGGAGCAUUUUAAUUUAAAAAAUGGCUAAAAAAAAAAAAAGUUGUCGAUUAAGUUGAUAACCAAAUAGUUGUUGACUAAUUGAUUAAUUGUUGCCCCUCUCUUUUAAUUGCAUACCACUAGGCCAAAAGUGGCACGAGUAGUGGAAAAAACAUUUCUAGAAAGACAGUAAUUCUGAAUUGUUUUACAAGUGAGGACGAAGCGUGUGCUAGUGUAAGGCCGUUAAGGUCAAUAUCAAGGAUAAUGAAGAAGUCCUCGAACGGCUUUCCAUACUCCUGUGCUAGCAAACCGCACUCUACUGGGUGGUGUUGGUGCUGCAGUCCAUAUCACUGCAGUUUCAGUCUUUAUUGAUGCAAUUGUUCAAUUUUUUUCCCCUCCCCUCAAACAAAAUGAGAGAAUGCAGUAUUCUCAUUGGCUGUGGCAAUGUGAUUGUGUUGCCCAGCUUGUGCGGCGCACCAUAGCUUUCGUCUCAGCAUGUGUGGAACGUGCCAUUUAUGCAUAUAUACAACCCCCCCCCCCCCCCCCUCGUGCCUGCAUGGGUUUUCUCCUCCCCCAUCCCAAAAACAUGCACGGGAGGUUAAUUGAAGACUAUAAAUUGGCCGUAGGUGUGAAUGUGAGAGCGAAUGGUUGUUUGUUUCUAUGUGCCCUGCGAUUGGCUGGCGACCGCUUCAGGGUGUACCCCGCCUCUCGCCCGAAGAUAGCUGGGAUAGGCCCCCAGCACGACCGCGGCCCUAGUGAGGAGAAGCGGUCCAGAAAAUGGAUGGCCCUCCCAGCUGCACCUUCGUCCUUCUUUUCCAGAUGAGGGCCGAUGCCGGUAGGGUUGUGAUACAUUUCAAUGGACACACGGGCGACAAAAGGACAGUCACCGCGCAACGCCGUAACCUGUAGCACAUCGGAAAUGUUUACACUCAACAUUUGGGUCAGUAGAGCACUCAAGUGUGCUGCUUUUGUACUUCCCGUUUUCCUGCAAGACUAGAUUUGUCCUUUCUCGGGAGUGCAGCUGUAGCUGUGAGGUUCUCACAAGUGAGAUGCCCGUCACCAGCACUCAAGUGAAUGAUGUUGAAAGAAGACAUUUUGUACAUAUCAAAAUCCAAAUAUCUUUGGCAGCAGCAAUGAGGUGUGUGUGUGUGUGCGUUAGUGAGAAAUGUGAGGCUGCCUUUAAUUCCAAACUUUGCUUAAUUCACUACAAUUCAACAUGCAUGCUGAAGUGGUGUCUCAAAAUUCCAACGCCUUUUCAUUGGUCAAUUUGUUGCAACCCUCGCGUUACUCAGUGGAAGACAACAGAAUGUUUUUUUUUUCUUGUUUUUUUUUACUGAUUGUUUUCUAUCAAAAUAAUGGCAUCUGCUGAGUUUUUUGAAAGGUGAGUGAAACUGUAAAUAAUGUCUUGAUAUAAAAACCUUUUUGUAUUUUUAUUUCAUUACAUGGUUGUUGCGUUGAGUUGUGACGUCUUCCCCCCCCCCCCCCCCCCCCCCUUCCUCAUGCUGUGCUUUUGGAAAUGUACCACAGUUGAGAGGUGACUACUAUAGCCUCAGUCUAUUACGGAUGUCUAACCAAAAAUAUAUUUGGAAAUUUUUACACUUUAUCCUGCUAUACUUAAAAUGCAUUGAUUUGUCACAGUACAUGGAUCAAUGCAGCAGCAGAUGCUUCUAUCUGUGGUGUGUUUGAGGCUGAUCGUGAGCGCCAGUCACACAGCCACGCAUGCUGACGUGACAUCUUCAUCUACGAAAAAGGCAUCUUGCUGCAUGUCUAAGCACUUCCUUUUUUUUCUGAUCUUGUAUUUUCAACAUGCUCACUUGUAAAAACAUAUCUUCCAUUCAACAGUAUUAAAAUAUUGCUACUGUUUAGCCUAAGGUAGCUCUUAACUCAUG